UUUAUUACCAGUUGGUGGCGGUAGUGCACCAGAUUGUUGCUUGUCAACCGCCAAAUUAACCGAAGAAGAAGAAAAACAAGGAAGACAGAGAAGAAGAGAGCGAGAAAAGAAUUAAAAAAGAAGACUGAGCUGACGUCAGUAAUUUGACCAAACAGGAAAAGUGUGACUCAAAAAAACGGAUCCAAAUUAAAGUAUUACCAAAACAAUCCAGCACCUGUUGCCAACAUGUUGUCAGAGGGAGGCUCUUUCAUGAAAGGGAUGAUCUUGGGAGGCGUCUUCUGCUUGGUGGUGUCGCUCCUGAACAGUUACAGUCCCGUCACUGAGUCCAGGACAGACGACCACCAUCAUCAUCACGUCAAGGCGGCAAGUAAAGACGAGCUCAAGCAUUUCUCUGGCAGCCAGUUGAAGGAGUUGGAAAACCAAGUCCAGGUCUACUGCGUUAUCAUGGUCGAGCCCAAAGUCCUGGUUUACUGGGCGACUACUUUGGACACCUGGAGCAAACACUGUGACAAGGCUGCGUUUUACACCUCGGAGGCCUCCAAGGCGCUCGACGCAAUAGACAUGAAUGAAAAGGACGACUGGACAAGGCUGCGUAAAGCUCUGAAGCAUGCGUAUGAGAACGCUGGGGACAUGCGCUGGUUCUUUGUGGCACAACCCACCACAUUUGCCAUUAUUGAGAAUCUCAAGUAUCUUGUGCUCACGAAAGAUCCAGACGAACCGUUCUACCUGGGCAAAGCUGUGAAGUCAGGGGAGCUCGAGUAUGUGGCUUAUGAUAGUGGUAUCGUUCUAAGUUACGAAGCUCUGAAAAGGCUGGUGGCCGUGUUCCAGGAUGAAGAGAAAUGUCCAGAGAGAGGACGUGCCUUGUGGAAGCUGAGCGACGACAAGCAGCUGGCUGUGUGUCUCAAAUAUACAGGGGUGUUUGCAGAGAACGGAGAAGACGCACACGGAAAGAGCCUGUUCAACAGCAAGAGCGUGGACGCCUUGAUAAAGGACAGCAUGAACAACAACCCAAACAACGUGGUUGAGGGCUGCUGCCCUGACUUGGCGGUCACAUUCAGUGGGAUGUCCCCAAAUCAAAUGCAGGUCAUGAUGUUUGGAGUUUACAGACUUCGACCGUACGGGCACGAUUUUCACGACUUUUUAACAUUUUACCCCCCCAAAGGUUCAGACAAUGACUAG